GCGUAUGCCAAACUGCAUGGCAGCUGGGAGGGCCUGGGAGGAGGUGGCCAUGUGGAGGAACUGCUGACGGACCUCACAGGUGGUUGCUCCACGCGCUUCGGCACCACCGACGUGGCGCAGGAUAGGCUAUGGCAGUACCUGUUCUUCCUCCAGGACUCUUGCCUAUUCGGAUGCAACAUCAACGACCAGGAAUGCUCGAAGCGGCACAUCCCGAUGGGAUCCCAUCACGCCUCUGCAAUCUAUCGUGUCGUGAAGCAUCAGGGCGUGCCAUACGUCUGCGUCUGCAUGGCAGCACCGACCUAUGCCGUGGCACGGAUGCCAAACUGCGACGUUCCCUCACCGGAGGGCUACGGCGUCCAGGACGGUUUCGUCUGGCUGCGUAUCGACGACUUUGUGCAGCUUUUCGAUACCAUCUACGAGUGUCGACUUGUGAACUCGGACUUAGGACCUCGACCAGGUGGGCUCACACCCGGCUGGGUGCCAGGGGAGCCCUUUUUCGAAGAGAUCUACGCCUUCCAAGGUGAUGUCUACUCAGAGACGGCUCCGAGCUUCAUGAUGGAGAUCUUGGAUACCCCCUGUGAGAUGACCAUGGAG